AUAAAAUAUUAAAAUGGGUUCAACAGUUUUGAAUUUUUUGCUCAUCUACGCAGCCUUUUCGUCAUGUUGUCACGAUAUUGUCAAAGCGACGUUAUCUACUGCUGGUCAUUUUUUUCAGCAAUCUCAAAACGAGGGGGUAGGAAACGAUAAUAGCGACAGAAUGUUUCUAAAGCGCAGCUUCUUUGAUUGCGAAAGAAAAGACCGAUGUUCUCAAGUUGUCAGAAGCAAAGAAAUUGUGGCUCAUGAAGGGACUUUGAGCAAUGACAAGUCUUACGAAAUGUGGAAAAAGAUCCCGCGAGCAGAAGAUUGCAAAGACCUUUACGACACCGGUAAACGAGACAGUGGCAUUUAUCACAUAACCAGACCGAACAAGCAAGUAUUGGAAGUUUACUGUGAUAUGGAAACAGACGGCGGAGGUUGGACUGUGAUACAGCGCCGUAUUGAUGGCUCAACUGACUUCAACCGUGGCUGGUCUGAUUAUAAAGAUGGAUUUGGCGAUGUUGGGAAGAAUAUGUGGAUGGGGUUAGAGAAUAUGCACUCUCUUGCUAGUCCUAAUGCCAGUACCACCCUUCGAAUAGAUCUGAAGCACCGACUUAAAGGCGAUGAGCUUUUCUUCGCAACAUACCGUAGCUUCCAAAUUAGCGACGAGAGUGAUCGAUACCGUAUCCGAGUUUCUGGAUAUUCUGGAACAGCUGGGGAUGCUUUUAAUAUUGAAAAUGCCCGGAAGAAUAAUAAGAUGCAAUUCUUUACAAAGGACCGCGACAAUAAUCAUAAUUGUGCACAGCAAUAUAAAAGUGGCUGGUGGUAUAACGGAUGUCACAACUGCCAGCUUAAUGGGUUAUUUCCAAGCACAGAUACGCCACAUCCUACUUAUAUGUCAUGGAUACCUAUUGAUGGUGAUUAUGGCAACAUCAAUUUUUCUGAAAUGAAAAUCAGACGAACAUGAGCUACGAAAAAGCUCUUAAACAAAAAUUGAAAACUUUUAAAAUUCUACAUCAUAAAACGAGGGAUCAAAAAAGAAUGACUUCUUUUGCCUUGUUUUGUUUAACAAUGUUAUUAUAAUUUAUAUUUUUGUUUUUUACCAGGAGAUACUGAGGACCCCUAAAACUUUAGACCUAUCACUCUCCAAUCGGUCCCUCUAAAAACCUUCACAUCUUGCCCCCGAGAUUCUGUAUUUGAUUUCCUCAAACAAAAUGGUUUCAUAAAACACCAGAUUCAAAAAGGUUUUACCCAUCAGAUAUCGGGUACAUUAGAACAUACUGCAAUGACGAGACAUAUAAUCGAGGAAGCUCGAAUAAAACAAUGGAAUCUAGUCAUAACAUUUUUGGGUCUAAAAAAAACUUUCGGAGAGGUUCAUCACAAUCUGUUCAAAUCUGUUCUGUCUUAUCACUACAUCACGUACCAGAAAACACCCCAUCUCUGAUUAUAAGUCUUACAUCAAUUUUAAGGUACUCUACCACUCAGAGAUGUGAACUUUGUUGUUUUGCAAGCUAUUGACUCACAAAUUUACAAACAUAUGUAGUUUUGCAUCGGGAAUUCAAAUUUGGUAUUGGUUUUUGAGUGUGGCUCAUCGUUACCAUGUAAACCCACAAACAUUAGAAAUUUUAUUCUUUCGGUUAGGCUAUGCCUCAUUUUGCUUAAGAACUUUUGGUUCACAUAAAACUCAUAUUGACACAUUCCUUAUUAGCUGGUUAGUGCAACAAUGUCAUUUUUUCUGAUUUUCUAACAUUUAAUUGGUUUGAAAGCAACUUAAACUCAGCCGUCUCGAAAUUUCAUCAUGACAUUAUUCUUAUAGACCAUGUUUUGAAAGUUCAUUUUAA